GCGGCUUGUCCUGAAAACUGGGUUGUGUUGUUUCUCAGGAGUGAGUGCUCGUCUUUGAAAGGAUAUGAUUUGUGUUUCCACGAGUUGCUUUUUCCCCUUGGUUUUGUUGUAAAUGCCGGUUUUAAUAGGUGUUUCUUCUUUUCUUCCCCUGUGAAGGACGAGGAAUUAGUCUAGACGCGGUAAAUUGGAAGAAAUGGAAGAAAGGAAAAGCAAGAGGAGGAGCCCCAAAUCGUCUACCAGUCAUCCUGCUCAGGUUGCUAACUCCAAGAAAAGCUCAGUGCCAGUCAGUAAAAGCACAGCCUUUUCAAACCCUGCCCCACAGCCUGCCGUGCAGAAACCAAAGUUAAAACGUGUAAUAAAAGAGAAAGCCAAACCUCCAGGAGGUGAAGCAAAAGGGGCACAGGCAGCACCAAUCCAGCAUUCUUUCCUCACAGAUGUAUCAGAUGUCCAGGAAAUGGAAAGGGGACUUCUGAGUCUCCUGAAUGACUUCCACUCUGGCAAACUUCAGGCGUUUGGAAACGAAUGUUCCAUAGAGCAGAUGGAGCAUGUGCGGAGUAUGCAGGAGAAACUUGCUCGCCUCAACCUGGAGCUCUAUGGGGAGAUGGAAGAACUCCCUGAAGAUAAAAGAAAACUAGCCAGUGAUUCCAACCUGGAUAGACUGCUGUCAGAUCUAGAAGAACUGAAUUCAUCUAUCCAAAAACUACAUUUAGCAGAUGCUCAAGACAUUCCAAAUGGUACCACGGGCUGAGAGAACAACUUUGUUUGGAUUCUCCCACAAGCUUUUCUUUUGUUAUUUCUGACAAUGGAAUUGGGGACAGUUGUGACUUUGUGUUGUUGGUUGUUUUUGUUUUUUUUUAAAUUUUGCACAACGAAGAAUCAAAGUGCAAAUCAGGUGUUUAUUUUGCACAUUCCUGAGCACUUGAAUUAUGUCAGGGCUCAGAAUCUAGAGUUGUAGGUUAUUGUGAUGCUGUGCUUUUUAUUAUUGCCUUACCUAACAGAAAAACUGGAGAAACUUUGAAGUACAUUUCUUCUGCUUAGUGGUGUUCAUAUGGUUGAAAAUGAUACAUGCAUAUAAGUUCAUUGUCAUUUCUCCAGUUUUUAUGAAGGUAGUGAUGAUGUUGCCUUUCUGAUCAUUACACAGACAAUCUGCACACUAUAGCUUUAGUGUUUUGCUGAUUGGUGAUGCCACAGAUUAACUUAUUGUUAAUAAAGUGAAAAGUUUUAAAUAUAUGAUGUUUCAUUU